GAAAUUCUGCUGUGGCUUUAAAGCAUGUGAGAUUCAGAGAUUUGCGAAAUAAAUUCAGUGAUUUUGAAGGAGACUCGCGUUGAUUUGUAGAGAUCAGAAUGGUCCGGAAAGGUUCUGCUCUGCGUUCAUCUAAGCUUGGCUCUCAGAUCUCUGGUAUCGAACAUCUCUCUCUCCUGGAUCCGGCCCCUCCAGAACCUGCAGUCCAUCAGGCCGACCCCUCUGAACCAGAAGUAACUCCUGACGUCAUCCCGGACCAGGUUUACCUGCACGCUGCCACAAUCUUCCAAUACAAACACCUGGAGAAGCCCGCCGCUCACAGGGUCAUCAGCUAUGGGAAAAGGUCAGAGGUCAGCAUGCCUGCCGCCAGGGAUGAAGCAUCUCAGCGAUUAGCGUACCAACUUGCCUUCAACACGCUCAAAUAUCAGGAGCUAUUGGAGGACGUUCUGAUUGACAGCUGCUUCUGUGUCUCUCAGCCAAUGGCAGGUGAUUGGAUGAGUCUGGUGGCGGUCAUGCUCACUGACCUCAUGGACAGGAAGUUUCUCCCACACAUGCGACCAGCCAAUCAGGAGGAGCAGGAAGUGGUCAGAGAGGUGAGAGAGGUGGAGGCGUGUCUGCUUAGGUGUAAGACUAAACUCAUUGCAUCUCUGGCUCGAUGUCGAAUCAAACAUGAUCUUCUGACCAUUGACAACAUCCUGCCCAAGAAUAUACAACGCAAACAAGAGAGAGCGUCUCACCUGCCGCUGUACGCAUGGGUCAACACGCUCCGAACCAGUUUGGAGGAGGUCAUCGGUGUGUUACACACAUCAGGUUUCUUUUGCGUUAAAUCUGUCGGGCAGUUGGAAGGACAGAGCUUCUGUAAGGACCCUCACUGUCACGACCUGCUGGUGUUUCCCAACAGUGUGAAAACUGAACUGGCCAACACCGGACUACUGACAGACUACAGACUCAUUAUACAGGAUAAGUCAUGUUGUGUGAGUCCCUGGGCGCUGCGAUCCCUACUGGCUGAUGGAGGCGAUGUCCUCAUGGCGGGAUGUUUCUCCGCGCUGACGGUCGCACACGUGGCUGCAGUGACUGCGUCUGCGCACACACACACUGAAACACACACGUCAUCACCUGAUCAGUCAAACUCUCACAGGCAGAAAACAGUGUUUGUGUGUUUGGAAGAUCGACUGCUUUCGCUGAGAGAAGAACUGCAGGAAACACUCAUCAAACUGGGCUGCCAGAAUGUGAAGUUGCUCUCAGAGUCUCUUCACACUCUGGAUGUUUCCGACUCACGUCUUCAGAAGGUUCAUGUGAUCAUUUUGAUGCCAGUGUGUUCAAUGUCUGCUGUGAGCAACCCUAUAGAUUAUAUAAUGCAGGAAAACAGAGACACUGAACUCCUGCUGGAUCUGUCUCAGGGUGCCAUUUCUCCAGAUAAACUCCAGACGCUCGUGUGCCAACAGAUAACAGACCUGCAGCGCACCCUGCUCUUUCCUAAGGUACGUUCAGUGCUGUACUCCACAUGUUCAAUGUACUCGGAGGAGAACGAGGAGCUGCUCGAGAGAGUUCUUUCAGAAUCACAGGAGAACAGCUCCACAGCGCCGCCCUACAGGUUGAGUGAUCCAGGUCUCCUUCAACACUCUGUGAAUGAAGAUGAGGAGAAGGACAAAUUCUUCAAACUGGAAGCAUCAGGUCAUAACAAUGGCUGCUUCAUUGCACUGCUCACAAGACAGCAGCCUGAACCAGAAGUGAUCGAAACGCCACAGGAAGUAAUCGCUUGCGCUGCAGCUAAAGGCUUGUUAGACGGCAUCCUCCCAAACCAGCCAAUCAAGAAAGAAGGGCGGGGCAGAAAGUCUCGCAGAGCACCUGCCAAUCACACACUUCCUGUGAAGACCCAUCCACACACCUCACAGAGCGACCAAUCACGUGUGGUAGAGUUUCUGAAGCGCGAGAUGAGAACCAGCAGCUCAGAGGUGUCAGUGACAGAUAAACCCGCGAGGUAUCGACGCCCCUCUGUGGGUGUUUUCUCCAGAGCAGGCUCCGCCCCUAAUCCCACCUCCAGAUCAUCCCGUAAGACUUUGACACGAUUGGUUGUCGGUGCAGUAUCCACCAAUGGUCAUCGUUCCCCUGUGUCUCUAACCCCUCCCCCUGCUCCUCCAAAAGGCCGACAGGAAGUGCUGCAGCCAAAAACUGUCACAUUUCCUCCCGUUCUGUUCCACAAACGGCGUCCUUCCUCUGUGGCGGAGCCACGCCCCUCCAGCGGUCAGGCCAAACCCCGCCCACACGUACCUGCACGUCAUGUCAACGCCAGCCCGCCCUCGAACCCAAACCCCCUUCAGAGUGAGUUUUCAUCAACUGCGCCCAUGGUUCUAAUAGACUUAUUAGUGUGCUUACUGCCAGUAUUUUAGUCUCGAAGUAUUUAAGAACAUAUCCACACUAAUGCAUAGUUACUAAACUUUACUGUUGCCAUCAGAACUGUCACUGCCAUUAUUAUAAUGAGUUUAAAUACAAAUAAACUGCAGAGACGC